AGUUGCAGUCACCUACGCUCUGGAUAACAUGAAACCAGCCUAACCAGCUCUGCUAGGGCGAGUAAAAUGGUCAGUGAACGGUUGUCUCACGGUAGCCAGUUAUCUCUCUCUGUAGCCAGUUAUCUCUCUCGGUAGCCAGUUACCUCUCUCGGUAGCCAGUUCGCUUGAGCGCAUGACGGUUGGUUCCAAGCAGCAGAGUAAAGGGAGGCGUUGUUGUCAUGACGACGCUACACAACUCACCGGAAGGAAAUGUGUUGCAAGCAGGAUGCCAGUAUACAUCAGAAAAGGGCCUGCAGAUAUCCCCGAGCCCCCCGACAGCGGCCACGGUGAUGACGAGGAGGAGUUGUUCCUGAGUGACCCUGAUCAACUCCAGGACCAGCUCCCCCAGCCGUUCAGAAUGAUAGACAAGGUCCUGGACAGACUUGUAGACAGGGCAUGGGACUUCAUCUCACAGAGAGAAACUGUCAGGGUCACAGAGCAAGCUAUUCAAACUAUACCCAUUAUGCAGGUCUCAGGGGACGUAAAGCUCCCUGUGAGGACCAACUGCGUGGCCUGCUCUGAGGAUGGCAGGUACAUCUUCCUGGGUCACCCCCACGGCCUGUCUGUUAUGGCUCAGCCCCAGGGUAUCACCACCUCCUCCUCUUCCUCUCCCUACUGUGUGCCAGUAUGGCAGGAGGACCAUGUAGAGAUCACCUCUCUUCACAUCACCUGUCUGGGGGAGAUGGUCUACCUGCUGGCAUCCCUGGAUGAUAUGGGUGUUGCCAGACUGUUUGCUUAUUACUCAGAAACCAGCCACCUGAUAAAAGUCAUGAAUGAAACAGAUGACCUCAACCAGAGAAGUGUCUGUGUGAAGUUUGAACUGUCCAGAGGAGGAGACUACGGAGCUGCUACCAUCAGCUGUAAUGGUUGUCAGUGUUUAGAGGUGUACAGAUUCCCUAAAGACUCCUGGCUGAAAGAGCUGUCCCAGCAUGCACCUGGAGUAGGAGAUACAGGCAAACUGUCUCCUGUCGCCAUGCUGAUGAAGAUCAAACCACCUAAACCUCACACAGGCUCUACCAUGAAGAGUCCAUUUGAGGUGUUGCAGAAGACCGAGGAUGGCAAUGUGAUUGGCUCAGGACAGAACCACCUGAUCAGCAGUCGCCAAUGGGAGGACCAGGACGCUGUGUUUAAGUCUGUAUACAGGAAGUACAUGGUUACUAACCCCAGCAACACUACAGACCCAGAAGACAGACCCAGCUGUGUGACCAGUCACUUCCUGCUUCCUGGAGGUCUGUUUCCUGUCCUGGGAGGAGUUAAGCCUCAGACAGGAGGAGUGGCUGUAGCUGUGUGUCUGUGGUGGAGCGGCAGACACAAUCUGCUGCAGUACUUACUGUGUAAAGCUCCCAGAGACAAACCAGACCCGGAGCCCAAGCCUGAUGCGUUGUGGCCUAAUGCCCAGGAGAUCCUGUGUUCUGCUGUUAGCAGCUGUACUAGACACAUAACUCUGGGACUGGUUACUGGACUGGUCACUGUCUGGGACAGACACUUAGGUCUUCCUCUGUCUGUUGUCUCAGUGGAAGCAGACAGUGUGUUCAGCAGCAUAAUAUUUGUGGAUUACUGGUCUAGUACGGCUACUGAGGAUGCCCUACACAGCCAGGGUCCGAACCACAGCAGCACACAGGUCCAUCUACUGGUCACCUGUAAGAGUGGAGCAUGUCAUCGAGUCGACGCAGGAAGAGGACUGGACUCUCAUAAUGUCACACAACUAUCAGAAAGACCAUCAGAUCCAGGCUGUUUCCCCUCCCUCUAUAACUUCCUGUCUCUCCUGUCAGACCAUCAGAUCCAGGCUGUUUCCCCUCCCUCUAUAACUUCCUGUCUACUAUCUUUCAGACCAUCAGAUCCAGGCUGUUUCCUCUCCCUCUAUAACUUCCUGUCUACUAUCUUUCAGACCAUCAGAUCCAGGCUGUUUCCCCUCCCUCUAUAACUUCCUGUCUCUCCUGUCAGACCAUCAGAUCCAGGCUGUUUCCCCUCCCUCUAUAACUUCCUGUCUCUCCUGUCAGACCAUCACAUCCAGGCUGUUUCCUCUCCCUCUAUAACUUCCUGUCUACUAUAUUUCAGACCAUCAGAUCCAGGCUGUUUCCCCUCCCUCUAUAACUUCCUGUAUAUUAUCUUUCAGACCAUCAGAUCCAGGCUGUUUCCCCUCCCUCUAUAACUUCCUGUCUACUAUCUUUCAGACCAUCAGAUCCAGGCUGUUUCCCCUCCCUCUAUAACUUCCUGUCUACUAUCUUUCAGACCAUCAGAUCCAGGCUGUUUCCCCUCCCUCUAUAACUUCCUGUCUACUAUCUUUCAGACCAUCAGAUCCAGGCUGUUUCCCCUCCCUCUAUAACUUCCUGUCUACUAUCUUUCAGACCAUCAGAUCCAGGCUGUUUCCCCUCCCUCUAUAACUUCCUGUCUACUAUCUUUCAGACCAUCAGAUCCAGGCUGUUUCCUCUCCCUCUAUAACUUCCUGUGUACUAUCUGUCUACUAUCUGUCAGACCAUAAGAUCCAGGCUGUUUCCCCUCCCUCUAUAACUUCCUGUCUACUAUCUUUCAGACCAUCAGAUCCAGGCUGUUUCCCCUCCCUCUAUAACUUCCUGUCUCUCCUGUCAGACCAUCAGAUCCAGGCUGUUUCCCCUCCCUCUAUAACUUCCUGUCUACUAUCUUUCAGACCAUCAGAUCCAGGCUGUUUCUCCUCCCUCUAUAACUUCCUGUCUCUCCUGUCAGACCAUCAGAUCCAGGCUGUUUCCCCUCCCUCUAUAACUUCCUGUCUACUAUCUUUCAGACCAUCAGAUCCAGGCUGUUUCCCCUCCCUCUAUAACUUCCUGUCUACUAUCAUUCAGACCAUCAGAUCCAGGCUGUUUCCCCUCCCUCUAUAACUUCCUGUCUCUCCUGUCAGACCAUCAGAUCCAGGCUGUUUCCCCUCCCUCUAUAACUUCCUGUCUACUAUCUGUCAGACCAUCAGAUCCAGGCUGAUUCCCCUCCCUCUAUAACUUCCUGUCUCUCCUGUCAGACCAUCAGAUCCAGGCUGUUUCCCCUCCCUCUAUAACUUCCUGUCUACUAUCUUUCAGACCAUCAGAUCCAGGGUGUUUCCCCUCCCUCUAUAACUUCCUGUCUCUCCUGUCAGACCAUCAGAUCCAGGCUGUUUCCCCUCCCUCUAUAACUUCCUGUCUACUAUCUUUCAGACCAUCAGAUCCAGGCUGUUUCUCCUCCCUCUAACUUCCUGUCUCUCCUGUCAGACCAUCAGAUCCAGGCUGUUUCCCCUCCCUCUAUAACUUCCUGUCUACUAUCUUUCAGACCAUCAGAUCCAGGCUGUUUCUCCUCCCUCUAACUUCCUGUCUCUCCUGUCAGACCAUCAGAUCCAGGCUGUUUCCCCUCCCUCUAUAACUUCCUGUCUACUAUCUUUCAGACCAUCAGAUCCAGGCUGUUUCCCCUCCCUCUAUAACUUCCUGUCUACUAUCUUUCAGACCAGCAGAUCCAGGCUGUUUCCCCUCCCUCUAUAACUUCCUGUCUCUCCUGUCAGACCAUCAGAUCCAGGCUGUUUCCCCUCCCUCUAUAACUUCCUGUCUACUAUCUUUCAGACCAUCAGAUCCAGGCUGUUUCUCCUCCCUCUAUAACUUCCUGUCUCUCCUGUCAGACCAUCAGAUCCAGGCUGUUUCCCCUCCCUCUAUAACUUCCUGUCUACUAUCUGUCAGACCAUCAGAUCCAGGCUGAUUCCCCUCCCUCUAUAACUUCCUGUCUCUCCUGUCAGACCAUCAGAUCCAGGCUGUUUCCCCUCCCUCUAUAACUUCCUGUCUACUAUCUUUCAGACCAUCAGAACCAGGGUGUUUCCCCUCCCUCUAUAACUUCCUGUCUCUCCUGUCAGACCAUCAGAUCCAGGCUGUUUCCCCUCCCUCUAUAACUUCCUGUCUACUAUGUUUCAGACCAUCAGAUCCAGGCUGUUUCCCCUCCCUCUAUAACUUCCUGUCUACUAUCUUUCAGACCAUCAGAUCCAGGCUGUUUCCCCUCCCUCUAUAACUUCCUGUCUACUAUG